AUGUUUAUUUUGGAUUACCGAAUGAAUGAGGUUAGGAAAAUCUAAAUUUGAAAAUUAAAUUUCUCUACGGAAAAUUUACAAUAAGCCCUCUCUUUUCGUAAAAUGUAGUGAAGAUUUAUAGAUUUUUAUCUCGUCUGAAACUAUACUUAAUUAUUGGGGUGCCUAUAAACGCAGUUAUAAUGGAUUUAAUAAGGGUAAUAUCGCCUAAGAUGGUGAGUUUCCAUCACAAAACGCCCUACAAAAUAUUACUUCGUCAUACUUCUGGAAUAAAUAUGUGGAAUCACGAAUUAACUAAUGAAAUUAAACACAAUAUAGAGAAAUUUUGGCAGCAUAAGCUUCAUCGAGGAAAUUUCAACGAGUCUAGUUCGAAAGACAAGUUUUAUGUGUUAUCUAUGUUUCCAUAUCCUUCUGGAAAUUUACAUAUGGGUCAUGUAAGAGUUUAUACAAUAAGUGAUACUGUUGCCCAAUUCCAGAGAAUGAACAACAAAAAUGUUUUGCAUCCCAUGGGUUGGGAUGCAUUUGGUCUACCUGCUGAGAAUGCAGCUAUAAAUAACAAAAUUAGCCCACAAGAUUGGACGAAAUUCAAUAUAUCACAAAUGAAAUCACAGCUUAAAAAUCUAGGUUGUUGUUUCGAUUGGGAUAGGGAAAUAAAUACAUCUGAUCCUGAAUACUACAAAUGGACCCAGACAAUCUUCUUGAAACUAUUUAAGGAAGGUUUAGUUUAUCAGAAGAAAGCUUCAGUCAAUUGGGACCCCAUAGAUUGUACAGUGUUAGCAGAUGAACAAGUUGAUGAGAAUGGAUGCUCUUGGAGGUCUGGUGCUAAAGUGGAGAAAAAAAUUUUCAAACAAUGGUUUGUUAGGACUACUAAGUAUGCGAAAGAUCUUUUAGAAGGACUCAACAGUUCUUCCCUGUAUGAUUGGAGAGACAUUAUCAAAUUACAGAAGCAUUGGAUAGGAGAAUGUAAUGGUGUAGUUUUUGAUUUCAACAUUGUAGAUUGUGAUGACUUCAUUACUUUGUGGACUUCAAAUCCUGAAUAUAUUCAUCAUGUAAAGUUUGUCACUGUCUCUCAUGAACAUUAUAUCUUAAAUCUAGGUAAUAAAAUUAAUGGUAAUGAUAGAACAUUCAAAUUAGAUAUCACAUUGGUUAAUCCAUUCACACAAGAAAAAAUUCCAGUAUUUGUUACUGAUGAAAUAGAAUAUUCUCAGGGAACUGAUUCUUUCAUUGGUAUUCCAGCUACAUGUGAAAAAGCUAGAAUUUUUGCAGAAAAAAAUAAUAUACAUUUUGAUGAAAUUCAAAUAUUACAAGAUUCCAAUGAUAUAGAUUUGAAAAGAAAUUCUGUGUGUGAUGAAGCUAAAUCAAGAAAUAUUGGGGGGUACUGGAGUAGCGCAAAGUUGAAGGAUUGGCUUGUUUCACGUCAAAGGUAUUGGGGAACCCCUAUUCCAAUAAUACACUGCCAUAAAUGUGGAGCACAACCAGUUCCUGAGCAAGAAUUACCGGUCAAGUUGCCUUUGAUAUCCUCCAAAGUUGAAAGAGGUGGACUACAUUUGGCAGAGUGUGAGGAUUGGGUCAAUACUCCAUGUCCCAGGUGUAAGGCGGAAGCUAAACGUGAAACUGAUACAUUGGAUACUUUUGUUGAUAGCUCAUGGUAUUAUCUACGUUACAUUGAUCCCCAUAAUAGGAAAGAGAUAUUUAAUAAAGAAAAAGCAAGGAAAACUACUCCUGUGGAUUUAUACAUUGGUGGCAAGGAGCAUGGCGUUUUACAUUUAUAUUAUGCCAGGUUUAUGAGUUAUUUUCUACAUGACAUAGGACUUAUACCAGAAAAAGAACCAUUUACUAGACUUUUAGUGCAAGGAAUGGUUAUGGGAAGAAGUUUCAGACUCAAAGGUAGUGGCAAGUAUUUACCACCUCAAGAAGUAGAAAUUAUAGAUAGCAAGAAAAAUAAAGCAAUAGAAAAGAAAACUGGAGCACCAGUAGUGAUGGCUUGGGAAAAAAUGAGUAAAUCAAAAUUAAAUGGUGUGGAACCUUCAGAUAUGUUUGAAGUGUACGGAGUAGAUACAACAAGAUUACUUAUUUUAGCAGAUGUUUCUCCGACAUCCCAUAGAAAUUGGAAUAGUAACACAUUUCCUGGAAUCAUAAAUUGGCAAAAUAGAUUGUGGUUAACUGUAAAAGAAUUUCUCAAAUAUAGGAAAAGUCUUCCAGCUGUUAUAAAUAAGGACAAAGAAAAGGAAUGCGAAGAUUACAUGUUUGAUUCUAGAAAUUUCUACAUCAAGGGAACUACUUUCAAUUAUUAUAUUUCCCAGCAACUCAGUGUUGCUGUGUCUAAACAGCAAGGUUUAACAAAUAGUCUGAGAAAAAUGCCCCCAUACGUUUUCGCAAGAAGUUUACAAUUUGAGCGCGCUUUAGCCGCGCAGAUUAUUUUGCUCUCUCCCAUGGCACCCCACUUUGCAUCUGAAUUGUGGAGUGGAUUUUUACAAGCACCAAACCGAUUGAAUCACUCAAGUGAAAUUCGUUGGAACAAAUCGGUUCUUGAACAAGAUUGGCCCGAAAUCGAUUCAGAUUAUAACUUAGAAUUACUUUGUCAGGUGAAUGGUUAUGAUAAAUGCGAGAUCAAAUUGAAACGAUCACUAUUAGAUAAUUUAACAUUUGAAAAAGCUGUGGACUUAGCAAAAGGAGAAUCAUCUAUGGAGUAUGUGUUUUCCGAAAAAACAAUUUUAGAUAAAUCAUUUAUACUCCAUAAAGGUAUCAAAGGUAUAUUGAAUAUAACUAUCGACAAACCUGUUGUAACAGAGAUAACUGAUUAAUAUUAUUUAUCGGGUGUUUUUUAUAUUUGUUGAAAAGACUACAAGAAUAAAGAUAAUUGUUAAUUUUUA